AUGAUUGGUACAUCGUUACAUUCUCCACAAAGCUCUCUACCGUCUGACCCAAAACGAUGCAGUAGCGAUUUUCUUAUUUUUCAGACGGAGCUGUCACAUAAUCUACAACAAUUGUCAGAGAAAGCACGCUCAACUACAGAAUUUAUUCAACGAUUAAAAGGAAUGAGCGACAAAGUGACGGAAGCAUGUAUCGAAUUCGAAAGAUUAGUAACAGCUCAAUGUGAAGCUUUACUACAAGCAUUACAAGAUAGACAAGAUUAUUUAUUAGAUUCAAUUCGUAUGGAUAGAGAUACAAAAAUUAGAAUAUUAAAGGAACAGCAAUCAAGUUGUACGGGGAAAUUGCAACAAACAACGGGUCUUAUUCAAUUUUGUAUUGAAGCUUUAAAAGAGACUGAUAAUGCAGCAUUUUUACAAGUAGGAUCAAUGCUUAUUAAUAGAGUUGCAAAUACAGAUAUGACAUGGCAUCAAGAAGUUACAACAGCAGCGCCAAGAGUUUCACCUAUCGUUGAUUUAACAUUAGAUGAUGCAGCAUUAAUUAGAGCAAUAGAUAAUCUUAAUUUUAUACAAAUGAAACCUAUUAAGGAAGGAGAUGAAAGAGCACCUACAGCUCCUCUGGCGCCAGCAAUUAUACCAGAAGAUUGUUCAGCUGAAAAUAAUUCUGUAACGGUUGCAUGGCAAGCACCAAAUCAUUCAUUUGUUACCGGAUAUGUAUUAGAAUUGGAUGACGGAAAUGGUGGUGAAUUUCGGGAAGUUUAUUGUGGCAAAGAAACAAUUUGUACGGUUGACGGUUUACAUUUUAAUUCUAUGUAUAAUGCUCGUGUAAAGGCUUUUAAUAGUAGUGGUGAAGGAGAUUAUUCUGAUUUAAUUGGAUUACAAACGGCAGAAGUUGCUUGGUUCACUUUCGAUCCCGUAUUAAGUGGUGGUCCUGGUUCUGGUUUAGUUUUUUCAAAAAAUAAUUCAACGGUUUCUGUUGAAGGAUGGGAACAUCGUGUUGCAUUAGGUUCGGUUGGCUUCAGUCGUGGUAUACAUUAUUGGGAAUUUACAAUUGAUAAUUAUAUUGCUGAUACAGAUCCAGCAUUUGGUGUAGCUAGAAUUGAUGUCAAUAGAAAUAAAAUGUUAGGUAAAGAUGAAAAAUCCUUUGCAAUGUAUAUUGAUCGUCAACGUUCUUGGUUUCAACAUAAUUCCGUACAUGAACGUCGUGUUGAAGGUGGCAUCACAACAGGUAGUACGGUAGGUGUUCUACUAGAUUUAGAACGUCAUACGUUAAGUUUUCUGGUUAAUGAAAUGCCUCAAGGAUCUGUAGCUUUUCGUGACUUAUAUGGUGUUUUUUAUCCAGCUGUUAGUAUUAAUCGUGGUGUAACAUUAACAUUACAUACAGCAUUGAGAGCACCACGUAUGGAUUAUUAUUGAGAAUAGCGAAAAACAUUAAUUUUAAAAUGUUAGUAAGAUUAAGGACGUAAAAGUUAUCGAUUUUUUUUGCUUAUUACAUUUUAAAUUUAAAUAUUUAUGGAAUUGAUAAAAUGAAAUUUUAAAAACAUUUUUUUGAAAUUAAAUUAACUAAUUAAUAAUAGAAAUGAAAAUCAAUCAAAAAAAAUUUAGAUUUAAAAAUGUUUUGAAUUAUAAAUGUAAAAAUAAAUUUUUCAAAUCGGUCAUUUUUGACAUGUUUUAUAUGUCAAAUUAAAUAUUCAUUAUGUAUGUAUGUAUGUAAUUAAUUGAAUGAACUUUUGAAAAAAAAAAUUAACAAAAAAACGAAAAAGAAAAAAGAUAGCAAACAGCUUGGCCUAAAUUUGUUUAUUAAAAUUUUUUGUCAGAAACUUUAUUACAUAAAGCUGCGGAAUGCGGUUUCGUUAUUAGAAACCCUAAGCAGGAAAUUAUCUGCAAUUAAUACAAAAAUUAAGCUGUCAUAUACUGCUUUUGUAGGCAGCUUAAAGCCGACUUUAACCGGAUUUCGACCUAAUAUAAACGCUACUUGACAUGGAAUUUUCAAAAGUUGAAAGUCAAUUGCAUAUACGCAGAUUGAAAUUUCAAGUCAAGUACUUGAUUCGCCAUAUAAAAGCAAAAAUAUUUAAUUAAAUAAUCCUUAAAAUUCAAAAGUAGAUUCAAAAGCGAUUCAUACUUUUCAAUUUGUCAAAAAUUUGACAGUCAUGUAAUAUUGAUAUUUCCAUUUUAUUUACCGGAUGAUUGCACAUGCAAAUUAUUGAUGAGCAAAUUGGUGUAAUAUUACUAUUGUGAAAAGUUAAAGAGUUUUUUGAAAUUAUGAUUUUGAUCAAAAUAAAUUUUUAAACAUAAUUAGCCUCUUUUCAAACUAAGUUUAAUUCUUUUUCAACAUUCAAAACAAAAUUCAGAAAUUUGUAUCGAAAAAUUUUAAUGUACUUUUAAUCUUCUGACAAAAAAUUGAUCACGUGAUUUGUUUUUUUUUUUAAUUAAAAAGAAAUAUUAAGUCAUCAAGUA